AUGCCCCCAAUCGAACAACGCACCCCCACAGAACAGCACCAAAAACUCGGCAGCGACAAUAUCACCGCCGAGCGCGUCUAUCUGCCCCGGAUAACCAUCAAAUACUGCACACAGUGUAAAUGGAUGUUGCGCUCUGCCUACUUCGCCCAAGAACUCCUCUCAACCUUCAACACCGAUCUCGGUGAAGUCGCUCUAAUCCCCUCCACCGGCGGAGUCUUCACGGUUACCAUGUACCAUGCCUCUGACGAGACGCUUACGACUAGUGAGACGGUACUGUGGGAUCGGAAGACGAAUGGAGGAUUUCCAGCAGAGGUAAAACAACUCAAAGCCCUGGUGAGGAAUAUCGUCGACCCCUCGCGCUCGCUGGGACACACGGAUCGAGCGCUGAGGGCGGCAAAUGUGCCUACGCAGACGCAGACGGAGGCUGGUUCUGAUGGGAAGAGGGGGUCUGUGAGUGGGGUGAGUCAGGAUAUGGAGAGUGCGACUGCGAAUGUGCAUGGAAAGGAGAAGGAGAGGUGCGAGGAGUGUCAGUAA